AUGCCGCUGGAGGGGCUUGCGCUUCUCUUGAACCUGAAUGCGGCAGGAACGAGGAAGCAAUUAUUAAGCUGUAGACAUUGGCAGGGAGAGAGGCCUCAGAUGGAUUUCAACUCCAAACCCUAUUCACCGUCCAGGCUGCUCAUUACCCAAGGCCUGGAUCCCAGGCUGACGGUGGAUUCAAGGGCUGGAAAAAUCAAUGGGUUGCUGCCUUCGGUUUAUGUCUAGAGCCAGGCUGAGGCCAGGUUUGAGGGAGCAGCUUUGGCUUUCCAGUGUGGAUUGUUGGAGCCAACUUCUCCCUGUUCCCACAAGUAA